GCGCGCCACGCCAUUGGCUGCGCAGGGCCCCACGUGACCGUGGCCCGGAUGCGAGCCAUGGCUUCACUCGGGUCCGCUCCGCAGCGAUCGCCGCGUCGCCAGGAGUUCCGCCGGUGAACAGGAAGAGAAAGAGGAAGCGAAGGGAGGAAAGAAGGAAGGCCGGCAGGAUGGGGGAGAAGGCCGGGACCAGGGUCUUCAAGAAAUCCAGCCCCAACUGCAAACUCACAGUCUACCUGGGCAAGCGGGAUUUCGUGGACCACCUGGACAGAGUGGACCCUGUAGAUGGUGUCGUCCUUGUGGAUCAGUACCUCAAGGAUCGAAGGGUAAUGUUUGUGACGCUGACCUGUGCCUUCCGCUAUGGCCGUGAAGACCUGGACGUGCUGGGCCUCUCCUUUCGCAAGGACCUCUUCCUGGCCUCCUGGCAGGCCUUCCCCCCAGCCGAGGAAACCCCCGAACCACUCACCCGCCUUCAGGAGCGGCUGCUGCGGAAACUGGGGACCAAUGCCCACCCCUUCAGCUUCAUAAUCCCACAGAAUCUGCCAUGUUCGGUGACGCUGCAGCCGGGCCCAGAAGACACUGGAAAGGCUUGUGGAGUCGAUUUUGAGAUCCGGGCAUUUUGUGCCAAAAAUCUAGACGAGAAGAUUCAUAAAAGGAACUCCGUCCGCCUCGUCAUCCGGAAAGUCCAGUAUGCCCCAGAGAAGCCGGGACCCCAGCCCAUGGCCGAGACCACCCGCCACUUCCUGAUGUCUGACCGCUCGUUGCACUUGGAAGCCUCCCUUGACAAAGAGCUUUAUUACCACGGUGAGCCAAUCAGCGUCAACGUUCAUGUUACCAACAAUUCCAGCAAAAGUGUCAAGAAAGUGAAAGUGUCUGAGAAAGCCCUCCGUGGGGAGGCGCCUGGCGGUUGGGGGGAAGGGUACCAGCCUCCAUAG